ACUUUGGAGAGCAAGAGACAUGAAGACCAUAUUUUUAUUCCUGAUCUUCGCGGGCUUUUCUUUUCAAUCCAUCAUUUCUGCUCCAAUAAAUCAAGUUGAAUUACUUGAUGAAAGGGAUGUCUUGAAAAACCCAAAAGACGUGCCACUCAGCAAAAGAAGCAAACAUCAUGGCAUCUCGUCAUCAAUCGACCCUCUACAGGAACUAGGAAGAUUCGACGAGGCUGCUCUAAGGAGGAACGACAAUGGGCUGCCAGCAAAAAGAGAUCAAUGGCGAAAAUCUAACAAGAAGCAGAAGAGUAGCUGCAGGAGCAAAGAUGUCCGAGUUAAAGCAACAAACUCGACAACAAGUACAAUGGAACCUACCACCACAACAACACCACCCACUGCAGCUGUUCAAGGAGACGUCUCAGUAGAUGCUACAAGAGAACCUGCAACAAGUACCAUAACCCUUGCCACAAGUACAAUGGGACCUACCACCACAACAACACCACCCACUGCAGCUGUUCAAGGAGACGUCUCAGUAGAUGCUACAGGAGAACCUGCAACAAGUACCAUAACCCUUGCCACAAAUACAAUGGAACCUUCCACCACAACAACACCUACCGCAGUAGCUGCUCAUGUGAGCAGUGUAGCCUUGACAGCACCUGCCGUAGAAGGGUCUCAAGAUAAUAUCCCGCUGUCGGGAUGCACUACAUCGAUUCCUAUCAAGUGUUAUAAUGCAUAUCACGAAUACGGUUAAUUCAGUGUAUAAAGAAACUUCCACAUAUAGUUGUAAACAGUUGUGAUUUUUAAGCGCGCAGGUAUUGA